AUGGAUACAGGCGACAAAAAUUGGGCUACCAAGUACCUGCUUGAUCCGUUGAAUGCACCAGAACCGUCUCAAGAAGAUGGUCCAGGGAACACUUUCCGACCCGGUGCGACUGUCGCUCCUGUCAAGGCUUCCCCUCAAUCAAAGCAACUUAUCGGAAGACGCCUCUCAAAGAACAACCCGUACCGCAAGAACUCCAUUUCCAACAGCACCACAACUGAGAUCAAGAGGUCUGCUUCCCUGAACAGCAAUGGUUAUUCUCCUAUCUCGGGCAACAAAGGGCCAUACCCUCCGCAAUCGUAUCCUUCACCACCAACCUCCGCAACCUCUCCAGGCACUCCCAACCAUUAUACACAGUCUCCUCAAUCUCCACGGUCACCACCAACGCCUCAGUCUCCUAGUUAUAGACAAGAAGCCUUUGGAGAUGAAAGCCACUCGAGCCCUCAUAAAGGUCAUCGCCGACGCGGGAGCUCCCUCUCUGAACGCUACCCCGGGGAUAUGUCUCAUCGGCCGCUCGAUACCCUAACAAAGCAAAAGGCUGUGGCAGAUCGGUCGCGCCACACAACCAGAAAACAUCACAUCCAGCCGGACAUCAUUGACAACCUUGACAUGACUGGCGGUGGUGCCUAUCACCAUGGCGGACCAUACGACGCCACGUUGUUCGCCCGCAACAACUCGUUGAACAGUCCGCUAGCGGCCGUAGCGGCUUCAAACGCAGAAGCUCUCAAGGCAACACCCAGGGAGAAGAUCAUGGACUCCGUCAGAGGCCACAGACCACUCGACGGAGUAGCGGCAUAUGCUCCAGGGAAUAUGGAUCGCAAUGGAAACGUCUACAGCUAUGAAGAGGGCGACAAUAUGAUGAUCGAAGGCAGUCCGGAAGGUGGCGCAUAUAAACGAUGGCCAGGUGUGCAAUAUGAUCCCAGCGACGUCAAAGGCAAAGGUGAACCAAGCUACAGUUUAGAAAAGGCUCUGAAGGAGCACAAAAUCUCCGACGAGGAGCAGAAAGCCAAUGGCAACACCGGCAUUGAAAUGAAAAAUCGCAACAGGAGCUCGAGCGGUCCUGUUCCACCAACUGCAGAUCGAUCAGGCUGGGACGACGGCCAGGGGCUCGGAAGAAGUGGAAGCAUCAGCAAGAGGCUGAGUGGAGGACUGAAGAAAAGGUUUGGAAGUAUCAAAAGAAGUCACCACCGGGACGACUAA